AUUCGAGUCACUAUACAAAGUACUACUGCUACUGGUGUACUUACGCUUCAUGGGUCGCCAUGGCAGACCUUCAUUCUGAUGCUCUUGUCAAUUCUUUAUCCCAGAAAUUACAGGCUCAUACAAUGUCGGAUCUGCGUACGGUCCCGGAGCUUGCUGAUGAACCGACGCGGGUCAGCCUGCAAAGUACUACCCCCACCCAUCGGGUACAUGAAGGCUACGGAUUCCGCCCUCCAUCCGGAGUGUCGACGCCGCUGACAGGCCACCCACCUGCGGAUCCCCUCGUACCCGAUGUAAAUGGCCUCGGUUGGCCCGCAAAGUCCACGUACUCUCGUUUGACUGCGACAGCCGAGGAGAAGAAAGAGCGAGAACAGAAGAUCGCCGCCGCUGUUCGUACAAUACUUGACUGCAUCGGAGAAGAUCCUGACCGCGAAGGUCUGUUGCGGACGCCUGAUCGGUAUGCUCAAGCAGUGAUGUGGAUGACAAGGGGUUAUGAAGAACGCCUAGCAGAUGUAAUCAACGACGCUGUCUUUGCCGAAGACCACGAUGAAAUGGUUAUCGUUCGCGACAUUGAUAUUUCCAGUCUCUGCGAACAUCAUUUGGUUCCUUUCACCGGAAGGGUUGCUAUCGCUUACAUCCCCAACAAGCUAGUCCUAGGUCUAUCCAAGUUGGCACGAAUAGCGGAAACUUUCAGUCGACGGCUGCAAGUCCAAGAACGGUUAACGAAGCAGAUCGCAAUUGCAAUUCAAGAGGCCAUAAAGCCUCGCGGAGUAGCUGUGGUCAUGGAAGCAACACAUCUCUGUAUGACAAUGCGUGGCGUUCAGAAACCCGGCGCCAUAACCGUAACGUCCUGUAUGUUGGGCUGUUUCCGUACACAUCAAAAAAUUCGAGAAGAAUUCCUUAGUCUAAUCAAACGAUAACGAACUAGACGCCUUUUUUCACCCAUACCGAUUCAACUCUGUAUAAUUUUUAUUCAUAUCACAAUAAUUGGAUACCUCGGCGGCGAGGGCUAACGGAGGAGUGUGUCAUUAUGUACUUCUACAGAUUUAUACAUAAAUACAGUAAAUGCACUAUCGUACAUGCUAUUAUUGUAGACCAUUCAACAACACUCUUAUGUAAGUUAAGUUAUCGUCGACCUCCGCCCCGUCGUGUAUUGUC